AUACAUUCUUCUCUCUUUUCUUUUCGUCGACUCAAACUCAAUUAAAACUCCUCUCAUCUAUUUUCCUUUUUUUUUAUUAUCGUACCUACCAAAAGAUUGCAACUUUUUGUUGCACCACCAAGUUCCUUGCUUGGUUUUUUCUUUAAUGGCAUCAAGCGGAAACAAGAACAUCAACGCCAAGCUGGUUCUCCUCGGAGAUGUUGGGGCAGGAAAGUCUAGUUUAGUCUUGCGUUUUGUGAAGGGUCAAUUUGUUGAAUUUCAGGAAUCAACAAUUGGGGCGGCCUUUUUUGCACAAACAGUUGCUGUGAAUGAUGCAACUGUAAAAUUUGAGAUAUGGGAUACAGCAGGACAGGAGAGAUACCACAGCUUGGCUCCAAUGUAUUACAGAGGAGCAGCAGCAGCCAUUGUUGUUUAUGAUAUCACUAAUCAAACUUCAUUUGAUCGUGCAAAAAAAUGGGUUCAAGAGCUCCAUUCACAAGGCAACACAAAUAUGAUUGUGGCACUAGCUGGAAAUAAAUCUGAUUUGUUGGAUAGAAGAAUGGUAACAACCGAGGCAACACAAACUUAUGCUCAGGACAAUGGUCUUUUCUUUAUGGAAACUUCUGCAAAAGCCUCAACAAAUGUCAAUGACUUAUUUUAUGAAAUAGCAAAGAGAUUGCCCCGCCUCCAACAGGCACCGAACCUAUCAGGCAUGGUCCUUGUGGAUCGUGCUCAACCUGCAGCAGAGAGGGCAGCCACUACUUCUUGUUGCUCUUAAAGUUUAUUGCGAAGUUGGUGAGAACAUAGCAAGGCUAGGCAAAAUCAAUGUCCUUGCUGUCCAUAUCUUUGACGAAUUUGCGCCUCUUUGUACAGGAGUUGGGAUUAGCUUUUCAUAUGGGUAGGAUAGUCGCUCUCAAUGCUUUGAUAUGCUGGAUUUUAUUGAUUGAAUUGCGGUUGAUGAUGAUUUUAUACAUUGAAUCUUACACA